AUGAGUGAUGUAAUCUCCGUCCCUGUCACUUUGAUACGAUCGUUCAAAUUCCGUACCACCUGUUACAUCACUCUUCAUGAGGUCCCCGCAACAACCACUCUCUCACAUUUAUUCGAUCUAAUUGAGAAAGCCGUGCGUGAAUCUCCAAAUGUGCCGCCUCCCUUCAAAACAAUGCAUUUUGACGCCUUGAAGUUACGCCAUCAGGCUCAUAGAUCCAAGUCCGGUGAUCUCCUUGUCGAUAUGAAGGAUGAACCAAUACUGAAGUCUGAAGCCAUAAUCAAAGAUGUUGGCAUAGGUAAUGAAACCGAAGUAGCUGUCUUCAAUUUGGUUGACUAUCAAUCACAAAAAGAAAAUCCCGAGUUCCUGUGGUAG